CUUUUGGCUUUUUCACCAUCUCACCUACUGUAUGAGGUAGUGUACGAGCAUAGGCCCUGUUUCAUGUCAGGUAGCCCUAGGUGGAGUUGCUGCUGCUGUCAAAAAAGUGCGGCGAGAGCUCCAGCAUACCAGUCUACUCCACCUGGCCACCGGGAGGCGUGCAGUAGAGCCGUCUACACAGUAUGCCGCCCCCGUCUACGCGCAUGCACAGUACGCCGUCGCCACCGAGCCGUCUACGCCGCGCCGCCGACGCGCAGGUACAGUACGCCGUCACCGUCGCCAGCGAGUCGUCCACACCGCGCCGCCGACGCGCUGGUACAUUAUGCCGUCGCCGCGCCGUCGCCGUUGGAGAUCUCGUCGAUCUUGCGGAUUCAGGAUACGAAGCAGAUGGCGAAGUGAGCGUUGGAUACGACAGCCACGGUGACGGUGAGCACCAAGACCUUGUCGAUGGGGACGGGAAUGAAGAGAUUAUGUUGUUUGUUCAUCCUAAGGUUGGUCCGGGCUAUGUAGGCGCAAAGGAGCACGUGGCGCCGUGGCGGAGAGCAUGGGCGCCGGUGGCAUCGAGCUUGCAGCCGGUCUGGUUCAGCUCGAGGACGGCGACUCUUCGUCGGAUGCAGGGUACCAAGGCGUCGAUGAGGGCGACGACGAGGUGCUUAGCCACCGUCGACGUUUUGGCGACGAUGGCGUCCGCAACCUCUUGCAGCGACGGGUCCGCGGCUCCGCGCUCGUCUAGUUUGAUUCAGCUUUGGGUGUCCCGGAGCAAAAAAUGCUCGUCAGUUAGCAGUAGGUAGCCAGUUAGCAUUUUGAUCGUCAGAUUAGCACCUGCAGACAAUGUUUUAGCUGAAGUGUUCCUCUAGAUUCAGUAUCUGAUUCCCA